UUUGAGUUUCUCUUGUUUUGUCCCCCGGUGGCCGCCGUAGCUCUGGGCCUGGGUUGCCAGGAGACGGCGGAAGCGUUUGGGAGGAGCGGCGAUGGAGAAGUACGAGAAAAUCAAAGUUGUUGGAAGAGGAGCUUUCGGGAUUGUUCACCUGUGCCGCAGGCGCAGCGACGGGGCCUUUGUCAUCCUGAAGGAGAUCCCAGUGGAGCAGAUGUCACGAGAUGAGCGUCUGGCGGCCCAGAACGAGUGUCAGGUGCUCAAACUGCUCAACCACCCAAAUAUCAUAGAGUACUAUGAGAACUUCCUGGAAGACAAGGCCCUCAUGAUAGCCAUGGAAUAUGCACCAGGAGGCACCUUGGCGGACUACAUACAGAAGCGUUGUAACUCCCUGCUGGACGAGGACACCAUUCUUCACUUCUUCGUACAGAUCUUACUUGCUCUGUACCAUGUACACAACAAACUCAUCCUGCACCGAGACCUCAAGACACAGAAUAUUCUUCUUGAUAAGCACCAGAUGAUUGUCAAAAUCGGUGACUUUGGCAUCUCCAAAAUCCUUGUCAGCAAGAGCAAAGCCUACACAGUGGUUGGGACUCCUUGCUACAUCUCCCCAGAGCUGUGUGAAGGAAAGCCGUACAACCAGAAGAGUGACAUCUGGGCUUUAGGCUGCGUGCUGUAUGAGCUGGCAAGCCUCAAGAGAGCCUUCGAAGCUGCUAAUCUACCCGCCCUCGUUCUGAAGAUCAUGAGCGGUACCUUUGCUCCGAUCUCAGACCGGUACAGCCCAGAGCUCCGACAGCUCAUCCUCAACAUGCUCAAUCUGGAUCCAUCCAAGCGGCCUCAACUCACUGAAAUAAUGGCUCUUCCAAUAUGCAUCAGGCCCCUGCUUAACCUCUACACGGAUAUAGGCAACGUGAAAAUGCGAAGGAUUGAGAAACCACUGUCUACUGUGCAAACUGGUCCUCAAGACAGACCAGGAGGGAGAGUUCCUACUAGCAGAUCCAGAGAUGGAUCAGUGGGUUUAGGAUCUGGAAAGCUGCAUUCUCUCCCGCUGUCCUCAGUGUAUACGUGGGGCAGUGGCAUCUCAACGCCUCUCCGCCUGCCGAUGCUCAACACUGAAGUGCUCCAGGUGUCUCUUGGUCGCACGCAGAAGAUGGGAGUCACCAAGUCCGGCCGUCUGAUAACAUGGGAGGCUCCGUCAGUGGGGUCUGGGGAGGCCAGUCUUCCCGGUGUGGUGGAGCAGAUGCAGCCUCAGUUCAUUUCUCGCUUCCUCGAGGGUCAGUCUGGAGUCACCAUCAAAUCCGUGUCCUGUGGCGAUCUCUUCACCACCUGCAUGACAGACAGGGGCAUUAUCAUGACGUUUGGGAGCGGGAGCAAUGGCUGUCUGGGACACGGUAACUUCAAUGAUGUAACACAGCCCAAGAUAGUGGAGGCACUCCUCGGCUACGAGCUGGUUCAGGUGUCCUGCGGUGCUUCCCAUGUUCUCGCUGUGACCAAUGAAAGAGAAGUAUUUGCCUGGGGAAGAGGAGACAAUGGUCGCCUCGGGCUCGGCACCCAAGACACCCACAACUGUCCACAGCAGGUGUGUCUACCUGUGGAAUUUGAAGCCCAGAGGGUAGUUUGUGGAGUCGACUGCUCCAUGAUAAUCAGCACCCAAUACAGCAUUGUGGCAUGUGGAAGCAACAGGUUCAACAAGCUUGGCCUGGACAAGACUGCAUCAGGAGAGGAACCAAAUCCCUCGAAUCAAGUGGAAGAAGUUCAUUCUUGCAGUCCGGUCCAAUCAGCCCCGCUCAACAGUGAGAAGACUGUUUACAUUGACCUCGGCACGGCUCAUUCUGUUGCUGUUACAAAAAGAGGUCAGUGUUUUACCUUCGGCAGCAACCAGCACGGACAGAUGGGCUGCAGUUCCCGUCGUAGCAGCCGUGUUCCCUACCUGGUGCCCGGCCUGCAGGGUAUCACCAUGGCUGCCUGUGGCGACGCCUUCACCUUAGCCAUUGGAUCUGAAGGGGAGGUGUACACGUGGGGAAAGGGGGCCCGCGGCCGGCUCGGUAGAAAAGAGGAGGACUCUGGGAUACCAAAGGCGGUGCAGCUCGACGAGAGUCACCCGUUCACGGUGACAUCGGUGGCUUGUUGUCAUGGCAACACUCUGCUGGCAGUAAAACCUCUGCUUGAGGAGCCGGUCCCGAGAUGAAAACUAACCCUCUCAGUGGCCGUCAUGAAAGCUGGCAGUGGCACGAGGAGGAGGAGGACAACUUCUUCAGUUUCCUUUCAUUCUGCAGCUGCGGCUUCAGAUUUUCUCUUGUUCUUCUUCUCUGUCUGGUCCAUCGUUUUUCUUUCAGGAAUGUUUGCUUGUUUGAGUCAGCAGCUUGAUAACGUGGAGCAAAGCUCAGAAAAGGUCAUGACCUGUCUGUGGCAGCAGGUGUAUCACAACAGGUAGGUCAGAGGAAUGUUGCAACACUGAUACUGGAGCUGGAUUAGAGGAUGUCAUUAGGCAGCUGUCAUGUGGAGAGCUAUUGUCCUCGCUCACGUGCAGCGUUUGCACGAUAAACUGUGAAAGGCCAGCAAAAGUCAGACUGGUUUGAGCUUUCUUAAGCAACUUGGUGAAUGAGAGGAAAAGAAUGAAGCCACUUGAGCGAUCAUCAAUCAAACAGAAUGAACACAUUCAUCUGGGUCACAUCAUCAGUGCUCACUUUGUGCCUUUUGGAUUAGUCCUCUAAUACAGCAGUGUUCAAACCAGAUAACGACGGGCUGAGUCAGAAAUCACUCCCUUGUUCACCCUUUCACUGCUCUGCAUAAUAAGCACUCAACAGUUCACUCAUGGACGAUUUAUGAACCAAUGGGCCCCUGUGCACAGACGAAUAAAAGACCCCCAGUCGUCCCCCCGACAAACAUAAACCCACACUGAAAGCCACACAGAUGUCAUUGGUGGUUGUUUUGUGUCUCCAGCUGUGCAUCUUUCUAAUGUUUUACAUCAUUUUAUGCCUCGUUGUGUUCAUUUUGUGUCUAAUUUUGAUUGUUUUGCAUCUCUCUGUUGUCCUUUGCAUUUAAUUUUGUGUUGCUUUGUGUCACAUUUUGCUCGCUGUGCACUUGUUUGUAGCCAUUCUGUGUCUCUUUGAGGCCAUUUUCUGUCACAUUUGGGUUAUUUUGCAUCUCUUGUUGGUUGUUUUGCAUCUUUUUGUUGCCAUUUUGUGUCUUUGUUGUUAUUUUAUCUCUCUUGCGUCCCUUUUUGGUUAUUUCAUGUCGCUUUCUGGAACAUGCUCCCAUCAGCCAAAACAUUGGAACCACUGACAUGUGAAGUGAACAUUGAUCGUCUUGUCCAUCUUGUCUUGGGACCAAUACAGUAUUAGGCAGGUGAUUUUAAUGUUGUAAAUAAUUUAUUUAAAUUGCAAUUAUGGGAUGAGACCACAGUCCAAUGUCUCAUUUGUCCUGUGCCCAGUAGGUCCAGUCAGUGAUUUGUCCACGAGUUCACUCUGUAAGUAGCACACAUACAAUCGACAGAACUGUGUUCACCCCACACUUCAAUUCAGAAAAAGAAAAGAAAAUGAAGCGCUCUAUAUAGUAGACAGGGAGUGAUGGUUGCUGGAAAUGUUCCUCUGUACACCUAUGGAGAUAUUCCAUUAAAAUCAGCUGUUUCCAGCUACAAUAGUCAUUUACCACAUUAACAAUGUCUAGACUGGAUUCAUGAUUCAUUUAAUGUUAUCUUCAUUGAAAAAAACUGCUUUUCUUUCUAAAAUAAAGACAUUUGUAGGUGACCCCAGACUUUUGAACAAUGGUGUAGAUGCUACAUUCAUAUAGACAUAAAGACAAAUAAUACAGUGUAGAAAUACUCUUAGAAGUGGAAGGACUGCCUUCAAAUUUUUGCUGAAAUAUGCACAAAAAAAUAUCUAACAAAGGGUUAGGGUUAGAUUAAGUGUGCACAGUGGGGGUAGUCAACAGAUCAUCAUUUAUUAGUUGAUUUUUUAAAAUAAUGUCAAUAUGUAUAUUCAUAACUUUAAAAAAGUGCAUUUCAUGGUGUAGUACAAGUAUAGAACAGAAAGUUAAAUACCUUGAAGUGGUUCUUUUCACCACUGCUGAGAGUUAACUAUGCAUUUUUAUAUUUACUUUUACUUAUAAUUACAUAAUUACAUUUUCUUGUGAUCUAACUUAAAAAGAUCUUCACAGGUACAAUAAAACACCGAUCAGCUUAAAACAUGCAAAAACCCUGAUGUUAGUUUGGCCAUGUUAAAUUAAAGUUAAAGUUAAAGUUAGUUUAUUUAUAUAGCACAUUUCAACAACAAGGCGAUUCAAAGUGCUUCACAAGGACAUUAAAACAGCAGAUGAAAACACAAUUAUAAAAAGAAAGAAAACACAUUUAUAAAAUCAUUAAAAAGGUCAUUAAAAUUUAAGGAUGCAGAAGAGUAAAAGAAUCAAAAACAGAAGUUGGGAAGCAAGGACAUUUUAAAAGUUACACUGCAGAGUUUGUCAUAAAAUAAGAUUUAAAAUAACUCUUAGAAGAACUUAGUCAAAAGCAGCUGAGAACAGGUAGGUCUUCAGACUGGACUUAAAUGUGCUGAGAGUUUCAGCUGAUCUACAGUUUUCUGGGAGUUUGUUCCAAAUAUACGGAGCAUAGAAGCUGAAUACAGCUUCUCCAUUUUUGGUUUUCACUCUGGGAACUAAUAAAAGACCUGAUCCAGAUGACCUGAGUGGUCUGGUUGGUAUAUACUGAGUCAGGAGGUCUCUGAUGUAUUUUGGUCCUAAACCAUUUAAAGCUUUGUAGACCAGCAGCAGGACUUUAAAAUCUACCCUCUGAGUGACAGGAAGCCAGUGUAAAGACUUCAGAACUGGAGUGAUGUGAUCUACUUUCUUGGUCUUAGUGAGGACUCGAGCAGCAGAGUUUUGAAUCAGCUGCAGUUGUCUGAGUGUUUUUUUAGGUAAACCUGUAAAGGUACUGUUACAGUAAUCAAGCCGACUGAAGAUGAACGCAUGGACGAGCUUUUCCAGGUCCUGCUGAGACAUCAGUCCUUUAAUUCUUGAGAUAUUUUUUAAGUGAUAAUAAGCCGACUUUGUAAUUGCUUUGAUGUGUUUUUCAAAGCUGAGUUCUGAGUCCAUCACCACACCCAGAUUUCUGGCCUGGUCUGUGGUUUUUAGCUGUACGUAGAGACUGAAGCUCUAAGCUCACUUUUAAUCACCCCUCCUUGGCUCCAAAAACCAUUACCUCAGUUUUGUCUUUAUUUAGCUGAAGAAAGUUCUGACACAGCCACUCAUUUAUCUGUUCAAUACACUUUCCCAGCACCUGUAUAGGGCCAUGGUCUCCUGGGGACAUUGUAAUGUAAAUCUGCGUGUCAUCUGCAUAGCUAUGGUAACUUACGUUAUUGUUUUCAAUAGUCUGGGCCAGUGGGAGCAUGUAGAUGUUAAACAGAAGAGGCCCCAGGAUGGCACCUUGGGGAACUCCACAUGUAAUUGCUGUCUGCUCAGACGUAAAGUUACCUAUAGACACGAAGUAAUUCCUGUCUUUUAGGUAAGACUUGAACCAGUUUAGUACUGUGCCGGACAGUCCCACCCAGUUCUCCAGUCGGUUGAGUAGUAUAUUGUGGUCGACUGUGUCAAACGCAGCACUUAGAUCCAGCAGCACUAAGACUGUCAUCCUGCCGCUUUCUGUACUUAAGCGGAUGUCAUUAAUCACCUUAAUAAGGGCUGUCUCAGUGCUGUGAUGCUGCCGAAAACCUGACUGAAAAACACUGAAACUGUUACUUUUUGUUAGGUAAUUGUUUAGCUGUUGAAAAACUGCUUUUUCAAUGAUCUUACUUAAAAAUGGGAGAUUAGAGAUUGGUCUGUAGCUGUUCAUUUGUGACUUGUCGAGGUUGCUCUUUUUUAUAAGUGGCUUAAAUUAGGGAGAAUCUGAUUGCUGUUGGCUAAAGAAAAUCCUAUUUAUGCGGAAUAAUGUGUCUGAUCUUUCCCAUGACAGGGAGCCAUAUAAAUGAAAGUAGUUGUGCACCUCAGAGUAAAGAUCUUUCACUGAGUAACUACCCCUCUCAGUGACAGUCUCUGCACCGCCUCCACAUCCCCCUUCAUCCUCACAUUAUCCUGCAUCUCACUUUGGAACAGCUUCUGUUUAAUUAGCAGCCGGAGCCAUUAUUGCAGUUAUUAGCAGACAUUUUUCUAAUUAAUCUGCAUUCCUCCCUCAGUAAGAAGGACUUCUUGUUGAUUUCAGACACCUUUUUUCUGAGGACAGGGCUCAGCUGCCAUUGUUGUCCUGUGUGAUGAUGUAAUGGUGAUGUAAUCCGGUGGCAAUAGUAGGUGAAAAAUGAUCCUGAUGUGAAGAUGUUCGGUUUAUGAACACCGUUUGAAAUCAUGUGCACAUAUUUGUAUUUUGUGAGCGUGAUAAUGCAAGCCAGGUGUUAUUUUUCUCGUGUAUUUAUGCAAGAUAUUAACAUAAAAGCCAGAGAAUAAUGUAGAUUUUGUGUGUUUGCUCCACCAGCAGGGGGCAUCUGUCACCUCUGACUGCACUGAUUAAUUGUGGAUUGCGUUUAAUUCUAAUUAUUUGACUUAGAUGUUAACAGCAAAGACGCUUUCAUGUCUGUUUCCACCAGCUGUGGAUGUAAAUGUGUGUAUUUUUUUAAAUUCAUCUGUUUAUUUCUUCAA